CCGACCUGUCUGCAGCCCAAAUAUCAAACAGAUGUUUCUUGCUUCUCCCACUGUUGUAUGAAGCACGAAAAACUGCCUGAUUAUACGAUGUGGGAUUUAAAUUCCACGUUUUUACGAGCUGUUGAAGAUAUUUUAAGACUUGUGUAGCUUGAUGGUUAACUAUCUCGGAUGUUUUUCUUUUUGCCUAGAAUGUUUCUGCUAUGCAAAUUACUAAGCGUUUGGAUUUUAAUAUGAUGCGGAAAAUCGUUGGAUUUGCUAUUUUUGUCCUCUGUGCGUGUGCUGGCGUCAACGUUCUGUUUUUCUCCGUUACGGAUGACGUCACGCGUCAAAGGCUGUAUUCCGGAUACGCAUACGGGAGUCGACACUUUGCAAAUGGUCCUUCAUCUUCAAAGACGAUUGGUGCGUUAAACGAGAAUGUACUUCAACGAAUUACGCAAAGAAAACUCCAUGACACACAAAGUAUAAAUUCUUCAAACCCCACAGCAAGCGAUGAACGAAUUUAUUCAUUUUCAGUAAAUCCACACCGCGCAUGCGCACGGAAUGAAACAACACCCGGUGGUGAACUUUGGGGUUUGCUAACAAUCGUCAUAAGCAACGUGAAUAAUUUUAAAAGACGAAAUGCAAUAAGAAACACUUGGGGAUCCACGGGAAAUGAUACGAACUCUAAAUUGCUUUUUCUUGUUGGUCUAGGUGUGGAAUCGCGAUCUUAUUCAGCGGUAACAAACGAGGCGAAAUUAUAUGGCGAUAUUAUACAAGUCGAAUUACUUGACCAAUACAAGGAUUUGACCUACAAAUCGAUCGCUAUGUUACAGUGGAUGAUCGAUUAUUGUCCGAAUGCGAAAUUUUAUAUGAAAACUGACGAUGAUGUUUAUGCAAAUAUUGAAAACAUUGUCGGGGCUUUAGACUCAACAAAACAGAGACGAAAAGGUUUCUAUUGUCAUGUUUUCAAAAAAGCACCAGCAAUUCGAGACAUUAAUUCCAAAUGGUAUGUGUCUAAAACGGAGUACAGUGGAAAUGUUUUCCCAACGUAUUGCGCAGGACCUGCGUAUAUUUUUGACGCAUCUGUGAUCAAGGACCUUUACCGAUCUACUUUGAAUUCACCAUUCCUUAGCAUGGAAGAUGUGUUUAUAACGGGUCUUUCUGCAAAACCGUUGAACCUGUUCCAUCAACACGAUGGACGAAUGGAUUUUAACAGAAGAGAACCGACAGGUUGUGUUUUUCAAAAGACCCUUGCAGCUCAUCAAAUGACGGAAGCAGACAUGUUUGUGAUAUUCUCCCAGCUGCAGAGCAAAGAAGUGGACUGUGAUACAAAUACUAACAAUUAUUUGACUAAAUUUGCGGAUAGUUGAAGACUGUAAAAUGACAAAUAAAACUAGAAACGUGUGAAUUGCCAUUUAAUGUAAAUUGUGUAAAUAAAACAAACCAACACAUAAAUAAAACAUAAAAUAACGCUAAUUUGUUCCUAGAAAAUAACGAAAUCAAUGUAUUUCUCCUCAUAACCAAUGCAAAUAACAAUACAAGACCACACUCUCGCGUAACAGCAUGCCAACGAGAGUGAUUAAUAUAAUGCUUUUAUAACUUAUUUCACACUAUUUGUAA